AUGGUGUGUGUUGAUGGUGACUUGACCGUCAGUGGAGCACUCCGCUUUUCAGAGACCACCUACUUGGACUCUGCCUCCGGAAAUUUGGAGGCCUAUGUCUCGGGCACUCGCACCCUCUCCUUGACCAGUGAUGGAGGCAUCCUCCAUGGUCUCUGGUCCGCUGACACGGUGGUGUCCCUGUCAGAUCGACGCUUGAAGCGCAACAUCCGACCAUUAGCAAAGGCAUUGCCCAAGGGGCUAGACUCAGAGAUGUCCCCGCUACGAUGGGUGUUGCGUCAGCUCCGCCCUGUGUCCUAUCGAUUUGUGCGAGGAGCGGAUGCCAAGCAUACCCGCUUCGGUUUCAUUGCAGACGAGGUUGAGCAGGUUCUGCCAGCAGUGGUCCAUGAAGUAGAUGGUGCAGAAGGGCCGAGGAAAUCAAUCGUCUACACAGACCUCAUAGCGGUCCUGACCGCUGUAGUCCGCGAUUUCGGAUCUGAGGUUGAGGCCGUCAAGAAGCGUGUGGCUUUGGCAGAAGCGGCUUUGAAUGAGCUAGACCAGAAGGCACCAAUAGUUUGA